CUAAAAAUAAUUCAAUAUUUCAUUGUCGGUGUGAUUGAAAAAUUAAGUACAAUAUCAUAGUUGUUUCCGCAAUAUAUACUCACCUCUACCUCUGAGUAACCUCUAAAAAUUAAACGACUGUUGUAAUAAUCAGGCAACCACGUGGUGCCUGUGUAUAAUUUUUCUUAUAUAAUAUUUUUUUUUUGUGUAAGCUACAGUAAAUAUUUUCAACAUGACGAAACUCUGGUUAAGCUUGCUAGCAAUAAUUGUCUCAAUUAUAAUAACUGAAGCUUCGAAUAAUACCAAUAAAUGUAUAUUCAACAAAUAUUGUAACAGUUGCAGUACUCAGAAAUGCAUACAAGAUAACUUAGACUUUGAGCUAAAGAUAAUAAGAAAUCUUAAACAAGAUGUAGACCCUUGUGAUGAUUUUUACGAAUACGCAUGCGGUAAUUUUGGUAACGUUAGUGGAUCUCGAGCACGACUUUCACCUCCUCAAAAUCUUUUUGCACCGCUGGCCGAUCAAAAACGCCAGUUGAUAGAAUUAGUAAGGAGUAGUAAUUCGUCAAAUACAUUCAGGCCUUUCAACUUUAUAAACGAUUACAUGACUUCUUGUGAAAAUUUAAAUGAAUUCAACAAACAAUUCAAUUCCAUGAUUAGAUUCAAAGAUCGUGAUGUUAUAAAAAGUGUAGUUUCCAAAUUAUACGAAUGGCCGGUAGUUAUUGGCUCUCAAUGGAAUGAAACCGAUUUUGAUUUGAUUGACAUCAAUGUCAAAGCGGAAAGCUUUGGUAUUAUGAAUUUUGCUAUUUACAAACCAUUCAUAUCACUAUCAAGAGGAAAUAUAUUAACUUACAAGUUGAGUCCAGCGAAAUUGAACUUCCCAAGUUUAAAUUCAACAAAUCCUUCGUAUUCGAGUCUAAUAAACUCUGAAAUUGGGUAUAUGGUCAGUGUUGCUAAACUUUUCGGAGUAAAUGAAUCACAGGCUAGAGUAGAAUUUAUAGAGUCUUUAGAAUUCGAACGGAAACUCUACGAUGCAAGCGUUGAGAAUCACUCACCUCCACUCAAUAUCACAAAUAACAAUAAUGCAAUAACAAUUAAAGCAGCAAUCGAAAAGUGGCCAACUAUAAAAUGGAUGAAAAUAUUUGAGCAACACCAUUUUACCAACGAAUCAGUAGUAAUAAUAACUAAUCCUGAUUACUUUACCAAAUUUGAAAGAUUAGUCAAUGAAACUCCGAAAAGAGUACAAGCUAAUUAUAUUAUAUGGAAGACAGUUCAAUACUUAAUUGAAAAGUUAGAUGAGAAAGAUUGUUUCAAUGAAUUAUUUUUAUAUUUACCCGAGCUGUUGGCUUCCUAUUGGGUACGGCAUUCCCAAGUUGAAGAGCGCGUUAAAAACAGCGCUUACGAGAUAGCUUUGAAUGUCAAACAAGUUUUGAUUGAUACCGUAAACCAAACAAGUUGGCUGGAUGUCGAAGCUCAAAAUGAUAUAAUUCAGUAUUUACAGUUAGUUGAUUUUAUUUUUGGAGCCACUGAUACAAUGUUAGAUGACAAAAAAUUUGAAGAAUACUAUCAGGGGCUUCAAAUCACUCCUGAUAAUUAUCUUAUGAAUUUUUUGAACGUCAGUGUAUUCUAUGACCGCAGUUUACUUAGUGAAACACAGAAACCAGAAAAUCAAAGGGACUCUACAUUCGUAUUCAAAUUAUUUGAGUUUCUUUCUACCGAUGGUUACAAUGAAGCGUAUUCUGGUCGAAUUGUUCUAGAUACUGGAGCCCUGAAAUACUUUUAUUUCAGUACCAAUCGUCCAAACUUCGUUAAUUACGCUAAUUUUGGACAUCUUAUUGCUCAUGAACUAGGACACGUUGUUGACAAUCGUUACAAAUUCCAUAAUAAGUACUAUAUGAGAGAGAACAAUUGGGGUCAAUUGACUAAUCAAAAAUACCAGGAAGUGGAAACGUGUCUCAUUGAGCAGUUCAAUAACUAUACUUAUGCAACGACCAACGAAACACUCGAUGGUCAAUUACUUUUGGAUGAAAACAUCGCCGACAAUAUUGGCAUCAAAAUAAGUUACUCCGCCUACCAAAAUUGGGUCAAGAAACACGGAAAGGAACCAAUUUAUUCGAGCUCCCAAUUUGAUGCGAAUCAGCUAUUUUGGUUAUCCCAAGCCAACUUUUAUUGCGAUUAUCAAUCUGAAUUUAGUGACUCAACAUCCGAUAAAAGUCAUUCUCCGAAGGAUAAGCGUAUUAUUGGGUCAUUUUCGAACAGCUUAGAUUUUGCAACUGACUUUAAAUGUCCGCUGGGAUCUAAAAUGAACCCCGUAAAAAAAUGUAACUUCUUUUGA